AUGGCCCCGUCAGAGUUGGCAGAACUUAAAAAGCAGUUAGAUGAGUUGCUACAAGUCGGGUUCAUCAGACCAUCAAAAGCUCUUUUCGGAUUGCCAGUACUAUUUCAGAAGAAGCACGAUGAAAGUUUACGAUUAUGUAUUAACUACAGGGCCCUGAACAAAGUCACCGUCCGAAUCGCUGAUGGAGAUGAACCAAAGACCACUUGUGUGACACGAGCAUCAAGAGCACCUGUGCCAGGGUACUCUCGCAAGAUUACAGCCCUCAUGGAGCUAUUGAAGAAUGAGCGUAAAUGGUGUUGGACGAGCGAAUGCCAAGAGGCCUUCGAGGGAUUGAAGGAUGCUGUUAUGAAGGAUCUCAUCUUAGCUCUUCCUGAUAUUGAAAAGCCCUUCAAAGUUCAGAUAGAUGCAUCUGAUUUUACUAUUGGAGGAACAAUACGGCCGUUAGCUAUUUUCUCACCCAACUAA